UUAGCUCAAAGUUGUGCCACGCACAUACUCGACUUAAUGUCCCUAUGUUGGUCCAACGAACCCGAUCUAAGGCCCUCGGCGACGGCUAUGGUUCAGUUGACUUCACCCUGGUGGCGUACCGAUGAUUCGGGAACAGCAAUUUCGGGCAUCCACAAUCCGCUGUACGCGACCCGGACACGACCAACAGCACCGCCAGAUACGGGGACUGUGGAACCAAACGGUCUGUGUUAUGUUCGUACGGUACAUCGCAUUUGCUCAAUGGAUGUAGUCACAUGCGCAGCUUUGGAUGAACACGAUAGUCUCUGGCUUGGUGGUUACCGGCAGAAUGGAACCGAUAGGCAAUGUAGCAAAGAUUCGUCCGGUGGAGACAAUGAAAGUCACACCAAUCGCGAUGGCCUGUUGCUGUGCACGAACAUUUGUGAACCCGAACCUUCUCAACCACGACUGGUUGACCGUUGGCAUUCCCGCUGGCCCACGGGUUGGUCACAUUUGCAUAGCAAACUCCGACCGUCACAAUUGAGGUGGUUGGGAACCGCCGGCGAGGGAAACCAGUCCGAAUGGCCGGAACAGCUUUGUCCCGUGAAACUAUCGGGUAUCACAGGUCAAUGCGAUGUCAAUUCUAAAGUGACGGUUGUGCACUAUCAGCUGAUCUGUGUCAGAUCUGGACAGAUCGGGCUGUUAGAGCUUCAAAGUAAAUGUGAAGGGGAUGCGAUCGAUCGUGUUCGGUUAUUGCAUACCGUGUGGAUCUCAACCCCGGAUAGUCCAAGUUCUAUUUGCUGUGGACUUGUGGUUCCGGUCACAUCCGAUUGCUCGGACUCGUUCGAAUCGGACUUGGAAGUUUGGUUCGGGGGAUCACGCGGCCAGUUGAUUUGCUACAACCUAGAUCAUGUCCGUCCGAAGCUAUCCUCUGUGGCUCCUCUGUCAAGGACAACGAACACUCGGUCCGUUGGCACUAUUCACUAUCGCCUGUCGUGGCCCGCAUCACCCAAUGCAUGUGAUCUUUCCGUGGUCACUGCCCUGACCUUGACCACUGAUCGUUCCGGUUCCGAUGGUUUGGGCACGGUAUGGAGCUGCCUAUGCCCCGAUCUGCAUCUCACCUGUUGGUCCAUCAGAUCGCGGGCUGCGCUACGAACCCUCAUACUCUGUCAAUCUUCGACCGUACCAACAGUUAUGUCUCAUCGGAGUAAGUAA